AUGGAAGAUGUUAUGACUUCACUGGAAGACAUGGGUCUCCCUCGUGAAGCUCAGUCACCUUCCCCGUCCCCGAUGUUCAACGACCACUGGCCCCCUGAAGAAUUUGAAAACUCGCACAAAAGAACCUCUCAAGGUAACAGACGCCGACAUUUGACGUCACCAGGCUUUGAUGGAGACAAUGACCAACCAGAGGGCGGACAAGUUCACCGCAACAGCGUUUAUAGCCAUGACCAUAUGGAUGGCCCGCCUCAACUGAACAAUUAUGUUCAAAGAAUGGAGAGCCGCCUACGCCAGUUGGAAGAUCAGAAUCGACCUACAGAGGAUCGCAGAGCCGGUCAGGACGACGACAAUGGAACUCCUCCCCCUCCCCCAAAGCAUGCCACUUACCACCCGCGAAAUAAUUCUAUACCAGGACAAUAUGUUCCACUCAAGGCUCGGCGUUCCGGCAAUGAUCUCCGGGGUGACAUUCUCAACCGUUCAUUCACCAACAAGUCCAGUGCCACCAAUUCAUCCAGUGGGGUACAAAGCAAUGGCACAUCCAUGACCACGAGCACAGACAAAACCAAUCGAAGUGUUAUGAGCGGUUUCUCUGCGGGAGGAUUCAGUGCGACAAGUGCGGGAAGCUUUGCCAGGCGAGGCGGGCAUGAUAGACCGAACACCUCUAUGGAUACUGUCCGCUCUCGAGGAUUCAGUGACGUACGCCCGGAGACGCCUUUCACCGGUGUUUCAUAUCACUCUAGUCAUAACUCGUCGCGCCAGGGCGCAUCAUCGGCCAUUCCGUGGUCUUCUACUGGCCUUGAUGCGACAGAUCACAGCGGAGUUUUCGGUGGUCUCUCCACGCCAAAGAGCAAAAAGCAAGGGUUUUUCAAAAAGAUAUUUGAAACAGCUAAGACUGGUGCAGCCAGCGCAAGAAGUAGCAUUUCGGUCGGUCAUGGCGAUAGAACAAGUUCCCCAGCCAAGAGCAACAGAGGGAUAGAAGUUGUCUCACCGGCUCCCGCGCCUCACUUGAAUCGUGAUAACAGUCGUGAUGUGGGACUCGGAAAUGGCACCAUUGACUGGGUUCAGGUGCGCCGAGAUGUCAACCGAGCGUCGUCUCCUAGUCGAAACGAGAGGAUCGAUAGGGCAGAAAAAAGUCAGAUGAUGGACCACCCUGUUAUCUACUCCGUGGAAGAGCUGUACGAUACCGCGGAGGGCGAUGAAAGCAUCGAUGGACAACCGAUAACCGAGCCAACGAAUUUCCACGCGGCCAAUCUUAACCUUGUUGACAAGAGCGCACGCUUCAUCAGCAGUCUACCUCCAAUGACAAAUCCCACGACCCUCGCCCAAGCUUACGUUUGUCGACCCUACAAGAGUGACGUUCAGCGUCUUCGGGCCAUCUUUACCUGGGUCAGCGAGAAAAUCUCGUGGGAGGAGCCUGUUGAAGGCCUCGAAGUUGAUAUGAAGAGACUUCUACAUGCUAAACGAGGUACUCCAAAGGAAAUCGCAAUGUUGGUGCACGAGAUGUGCGCAGCCGUUGGCCUGCAUACAGAAAUCAUCCGAGGAUUCCUUAAGAGCCCCGGCGAUGCCCUUGAUCUGGAAAGCCACUCCCGUCCCAAGCAUUGGUGGAACUCAGUUCUGGUAGACGGCGAAUGGCGCUUUAUAGAUUGCGCGCUUGCAAACCCCACGAACCCUCAACGCAGUAAAUUCGUUUCCAACAACUCUUCCAUAGCGGAGAGCUGGUACUUCCUUACGCGCCCGCUUGAUCUCUGCUACACUCAUGUCCCGCUCCAUCUGGAAGAACAACACAUCUGUCCGCCAAUUUCACCUGAAGUUCUGCUCGCCCUGCCCACCGUGUGCCCGCCAUUUUUCAAGCUUAAUAUUCAGAUGCCUGAUUAUGACACGAGUUUCCUGCGCAUCAACGGAUUGGAGGUCAUGCAAAUACGCAUGAUAGUCCCCGCAGACGUUGAAUGUGCCGCAGAAGUUGAAGCCCCAGGAUUCGCCCGCGACGUAGAUGGCGACGUCUUCGAAAGCGGAGAAAUUGUGCGGAAGCGCGCCUUGGUCCAGCCGGAUUGGAUCCGCGGCCAAAAACGCAUCACAGUAAAGGCUGUGCUGCCAGGCGACGAAGGCCAGGGUGUCCUGAAGAUUUAUGCAGGCAGGAAAGGUCUGAUGCACUCAAGUCGAGACAUCCCCCAUCCCCUAGCUCUAGCCCUACCAAUACUCCACACAGGCGAGAAUCCAUCUUACGACUUUGUGCAGCGCCAUCCUACACCUCACGCCCAGCGACACGACUUGUACAUCAUGCAGCCGCAAUGCUCUCGUCUUGCAGUCAACAAUACCUUUGUUUUCGCUGUCCGACAACACGUUGCUGCUCCCGGGUUCGCCAAGGAGGAGUCCUCCAAUGGCCGCAGCUCGCCCUCGUCUGUCUUCACUCGUCCGUCCAGUGCGCUGAGCAUGGUGUCUAGCGCGGCAGGCGGCUCGACUGUCUCGGGUGCGUCUAAUGAGUUUUCGGCAUCGACCUCGGUCAUCUCGUCGACUAGAUCAGCUUCUGGGCGGGACAAGGCUGCGAAACUAGCGAUCCAGUCCCCGUCCGGCAAGAUUCUUCGUCUCACCCGUAAAGCUGAACAUAUGAUCAGCAGUGAUACUGGCACUGACUCUGUUACCGAUGCAGUCGCUGAGGGCAGUGUUUGGGAGACUGUCAUUAAGAUCGGUGAGCGUGGUAUGUGGCGCGGUCUUGUGCUAGCUGAUCGAGCUGCGCGCUGGUGUGUAUUUUGUGAGUGGGAGUGUGUUUGA